CUUUAGCAAAGGAAAAAAAAUGGGAUUUUAAAAUCCAGUCCAGCAUGAAGUCACCACUUUUUCUUUUCUCUGAGCCCUGCUGAGUCUAGUCAUAACUCGAUUUCUGGUGACUAAUAGAGGAGCUGGGACACUAUUGUUUCUUUUGGCUUCUUGAGCAACUCUGUCCUGUUACCUCCCCUCAGCUGGAGAGACCUAAAGCCAUAAGAUGCUCUGGAGCUGAGGCACAGGCACAAAUUGCUCUGUUGUCUCAGCCCUUGGCUCGCACUUACUCGGCUUGGUUAGAGUUUUGUUUCCCUGUGUUUCUUUCCAGAGCCUGUUUGUGUUUUCAAGAGGGCAGUGAAGUUCCAGCCUGUGUAGAAACAGGGCAAAUCCCGAAGUGACAUCUUCAGCCUGGAGCAGGGAAGGUUUGGGGACCUCAGUGCCUAAAGGGGCUCCAGGAGAGCUGGAGAAGGACUUUGGACAAGAGUCUGGAGUGACAGGACAAGAAGCAAUGGUUUCAGGCUGAAAGAGGGUAGAUUUAGAUGGGAGAUUGGGAAGGAAUUCUUCCUUGUGAGGGUGGAGAGGGCCUGGCACAGGCUGUCCAGAGAAGCUGUGACUGCCCCUGGAUCCCUGGAAGUGCCCAAGGCCAGGACAGGGUUUGGAGCAAUCUGGGAUAGAGGAAGAUGUCCCUGCCCACGGCAGAGAAUGGAACUGUUAGAUCUGUAAGAUCCCUCCCAGCCCAGUCCUUUGAUUCCGUGAUCUUGGUGCUGGCUCCAUGCAGAGGUGGCUCACGGUCACCUGCAGGGUGUGGGAGGGACGUGUCCCAGCGCUGUGCUGCGGCCACGGAGGGCCCGCCCUGCCUGGAGCAUUCCUGGCUCCAUCCCUAGCAAGUGAUGUCCCUUGCCAAGUGUUGCAGUUAUUGGGAGACAAAAAUUCCUCGGGGCAGCGGCGUUGGCCAUGGCCUCGCUAUUCACAGGAGCCGUGCACUUCGGGAGACAACUGCGUGACAAAUGGGCUGCUCUGGCUUUUUAGUGGCUUCUCCUCCCUUCAGCCUCGACAUGUGGGACGGGCAGGAGCCUUGGGGGCUCUUCACUGGGUUUUGUGGUUUUCUUUCCUUUCAAAUGGAUUAAGAGGGACAUGUUCCUGUGACAAGAAUGAAGCGGGACAACUGCGUACAGUGAGAACAUGAAGCAAAUCGUUAACAGGAUUGCUUUAGAACAGGCCCGAGCAGCAAGGCUGGGGGCAGCCGUAAAUAACAGGGUGUUGGGAGAGCCGGGGAUGGAGUUUGCAUUCCUUGUCCCCCGCUGGCAGGAUCUGGGAUGUGCUCCAUGGCUGCGGGCAGGGGGAGGCAGAGGGAGAAUCCCUUUGCUCUGUAAAAGGCCAGAGUGUUGCUGUCCCCUCUCGUGUGUGCUCGGGAUGUUGGAGGAGGGCGGGAGGGAGCAGUUCCUGCAUGGAAUGUAUCAACAGGCUUUUUCUGGUGCUCACACUGACCAAAGCAUGAGUUGGAGACAUGGAAUUGGAGCUGGCUGCAGGUGGCCUUGGCACAUACAGCUUUUCCCUGCUCUCGGUGUUCCCGGUGUUCCCGGUGGGAUGUCCCUCCCCAGCCACACCAGGAGCUCCUCUGGAAGGUCUGUAUGGCCACAGCAGAGUGUUGGCUGUGCUUUGCAAGGGGACAGCUCCAUCCUUCAGGAAUGGGAGAGGGACCGUCCCCUCCCUGGGGUCAGAGCUAAUCAGGAGUCACCUUCCCAAUGCGCUGGGAAUGCAUGGAAGGACGGGCAGAUCUGAUGGACUCAGAUAAUCAGGUAUCCUUCUGCUCCCGAACACCCAGGCUGGAGCCCGUCACCCACAGUACAGAUGUGACCUGGGCAGGUGGCUCUGUCCCCGCUUCUCCACACCUCAGUCCUGCUGCUCAUUCCGCACAUCCUUUGGACACUUCUCCCACAAAAGCCUUGAGGGGAACAGGGAAUCUCUCCAACAGAUCCUGCUGGAGCCCUGGAGCAAGCGUGGAGGGCAGGAAGGCCAAGAAGCACAGGAUAGCUGGUUUCAGAGCAGACCUCUCCCUGUUCAGGCUGUGUGGUUCCCUCUGCCUUUAUCGCGAUCCAAGAAAAGCCUCUCGGUGUUUGCCGGGUCUGAUCCACACCUGGUCCUCCUGCGAGGGGAGUUCACAGCCUUGGGAUGCAAGUGCCCAGGGAUUCUCUGCGGAAGUCCCUGAUCCAAAUCAGGGACUUUUCAGCUGCUGACAGGGGCUGUGUCACCGUGCAGACCCAUGUCCAGCAGUUGGGGUGCAGGGGGACAGGCCGGGCUUCCCCGGGCAUGGCAGGGCCAGACGUGCCGGGGCUGGAGCGCGCCCGGGGCCGGUUCCGCUUUUGGGAGGGCAGGGGGGUCAUCCAGAGGUCGGUGUUUCCCUGGCAGGAGCUCACAUCUGCACAGAUGUGCUGUGUGCUCACAGCUGCCUCCAGCCCCGGCACUGCGGGGCAUCAGCCCAGGACGCUAUCCCUAGCCUGUCACUGCUGUCCUGCCUGCCCCAGAGGCUGGGGACACCGGGCCAGCUCAAGGCUGUGUCACACCCUGAGGUGACAAGGUGUCCCCCACCGCACCAGCUGUGAGAGGGUGAGGAGUAACUCAGAUGUGUAACUGUGUGUACAUAGAUACAUAAAUAAUCUGUAUUUGUUUAUGUAUGUAUUUUAUGCUUAUAUAUUAUUUUUUCCUACCAGACACCUCCAGGAUUAGAGCAUGGGCUCCGUGGCUGAAACUUCACAUCCUUGGACAACCCCUCAGCAGCCUGAGUGGCUCCUUCACGUGGAACUGGCCACACUGAGCCAAAAACCCCCAAGCUGUGCAUUAUGGAGAGUGCUUCGUGAAGUAUGUGGGGCGUGUCCCCGAGGAGUGUGUCAGCACUAGGUGGCACACGGACACGGAGAUGCCACCACAAAAGAAAAGUCCCUGUGGGUGGGGCACAGCUCCGGGUGCACAGAUCCCACCUGGAGCUGCCGCAGGGACAGUUCCCUUCUGGUUCCUGCCCUGGGCGAGGAGGUGACACGGCAGCCCAGGUGGCCACACGGGGUGUGACAGCGAGGAGCCCAGAGCUUGCCUGCCGCAGAACCCUGGGGAGGGAGAGGAGGAGGAGGGGGAUUCCAGCUCUGCACAUCCCGCUGGGAAGGGGCGGUGAGCCCUGGGAAGCUGUUGUUUCCCGAGAGCAGCAGCGCUGGGAUGGGGAGGGAAUGUCCCUGCCUGGGUGUGACAGUCAGGUGAUCCCACAGCCAGGAGCUGUCCCUAGCUCGGGAUAGCUGCAGAGCCCUUGUGUCCCGGGAGCUGGCUCAUCCUGUCUCUGCCACGGGGAAGCUCCCCCAAACCCUCUCAGCUUUCCUACGUGCCACCCUUGCCUCCUGGCUUUUUGAUGUCACAGCGCGUCCAGCCGGUCACCUGAGCUCCCUCCUCCCCAUCCUGCCGUUUCCCUUCCCUGUGGCUUUGUGCCGUUUUUCCCCCUCUGCGAGCUGAUGUCUUUCUUUUCCCACUUCCGUAGCUACGAACACCCACAUGCCUUAUCUCCUUCCCCCAUCCCAUCCUGAAGCCUAUUUAUACAGAGCCUGGCUCCUGCCCAGCCUGCCAGCGACGCCGCAGGAGCGGGACGGGGCUGGCAGCGCUCGCAGCCCAACAUGCUCUGGGCUGCACGGGGAUGUUUCCUGCUCUGGCUGCUCCCGUCCAUCCUCAGAGCCCGAGCUAGCCUGGAAACGAGGCCCAGCUCCCCGCUGUGCCAGCAGAGCCCCUCGAAGGUGUCUUGCAAAGGAGUUGGCCUGCAGAAAUUUCCCGAGGAGCUUGGCCAAGGAAUUAAGUACCUUGAACUCUCAAACAACUUCAUCCAAAACCUGUCAGGCAGCAACAUGCCAGGAUUUGGGCAGCUGGAGUACCUGGAUGUGUGCUUCAACCAGCUGGAAGCCGUGUCAGCCACCGCCCUGGCUCAGCUGCCUCAGCUGCGCUUGCUUCUCCUGGGAUCGAACCACCUAGACCGGAAUUACUUGGCUAACGGGGAAGCUUUCCAUCUGCUCGGGAAUAUAGAGGUCCUGGACCUGUCUGUGAAUAACCUGGAGAGCCACAUGGCCAGCUGGUACAUCAGCAACCUCACCAGCCUAAGGGUGCUGGAUCUCUCCGGGAACACGAUGACCAAGCUGCUGUCAGGGACCUUCCGGAACUCUCCGCAGCUGCGCCAGCUCGACCUCAGCAACAACUACAUCAUGGAGAUCCAGGAGGGAACUUUUGAGCCUCUGGAAGAGCUGGAGGUGCUGAACUUGGCUUUGAAUUCCCUCCACUGUAUCUCUGGCUUCAGCCUCACGCAGCUGCGAGUUUUAAACCUCAGCCACAACGCCCUGGAGCUGUUCUCCGAGGAGGGGGGAGCGGAGCCCUACCUGCUCCGAGUGCUUGACUUGAGCCAUAACAGACUCCUCUCUUUUCCCGAGCUCCCCAGAGCCCAUGAUCUCACACACUUAAACCUCUCCAACAACCUCAUUGCUUCCCUGCUCCCAGGCUCACCCCAUCCCAGGGAGUACGUCCUGCUCUACAAGGAGAUGCAGAGGUUCAACAGGACCGUGCGUCCCGUGGCUGCUCUGACACACGUGGUUGACCUGGAUCUCAGCAAUAACCGCCUGGAGCUGUUCCCAUUUUCCUUCUUCCACAGCCUGGGCUCCCUGCACAGCCUCAGCCUGGCUAGGAACUGUCUCCAGGAUGUGGCCAGGGAGUCUGUCUCCAAUGGCACAGAGCUGUCCAUGCGCUCACUGGACCUCCACAGCAAUGCGCUCCGUGUGCUGCCACACUGGUUCUUCAGUUCCCUGCCUCAUCUGGAAUCCAUAGAUCUGGGCUCCAACAGCCUCCAGCCUUGUGAGAGCCAGGGGAAUGACCAGGGAAGGGAUUUGCGAGGGGAUUCUCACACAUCAGCCCCCAGAGACACCUGCACCCCCUUCUACAACGUGCCUCGCUUGAAGCACCUGAGUCUGUCCAAGAACAACAUCUCCAGGCUGCAGCCCCACGCCUUCAACCAGACCCCGCUGCUCUCCCUGGACCUGUCGGGAAACAGGGACUUGUCCAUGCCCACGGGAGCACUGGGGGGCUUGGAGCUGUCCCUGCAGGAGCUCUCUCUGACGGACAACCAGAUGGAUGAGAGCCAGACAGUGCUGCCCUGCCUGGGCACGCUCCGAGUGCUGGACCUGUCGGGCAACCACCUGAGCCUGCUGCCCACAGGGCUUUCCUGCUCCCCGCUGGAGAACCUGGACAUUCGGAAUAACAACCUGCAGACCUUGGGAACAAUUGGGAGCUGGUCCCACAGCCUGAGGGCCGUGUCCGUGGCUGGGAACCCAUGGAGCUGCUGCUCGCUGGGCUGGCUGGACACGCUGCGUGUGGCCGGCGUGGCCGUGCUGGACCUGCGCCAAACCCUUUGUGUCUUCCAGGAGCAUGGCCGGAAUAUCUCGGCCAAGAUCACCGGCACUCCCCGAUGGAUCUGUCCCCAGCCUGAGGGCACUGCCUCCCUGGCUCUGCUUGUGGCCCUGGUAGGACUUUCCCUCUUCUGUGCCUGGGCCUUCUGCCUCUUGAGGAAAGGGCAGAAGGCUCCGGGAUGUGCUGGACUUGGGAGCAACAGGGUGGGAGUGUCCCAGUCCCAUCCCAAAGGAGAGGGGCCAGCCAGGGAGUGGCCACCUGACAGCAUCACUGAAGUGUAGCCCAGACCUGCAGCCACUGGUCAGAACUCUAAUUGUUAUUAAUAAUAUUAAUAUUAAUAAUAUUAUUGUG